AUGUCGACACCAACACAAUAUCCUCGAACAAAUAUUGUUAAACUUAAUCAACCAUCAUCAUCAUCAUCAACAACACGAGACAGUAAUGCUGCUGAUGGAAGAUCUACCAAUAACGAUCAUCACCAUCAUCAUCAUAAUCAUAACAAUAAUAAUAACAAUAGUACACCAUCCACUGGACCUGCACCAUCUUCGUCCACACGUUUACAAUCAAGUAAAAUGCGUGAUCCUAACGAACCGCACAUUGGCAAAUAUCGAUUUGUCAAGACCAUUGGUAAAGGUAAUUUUGCCAAAGUCAAAUUAGCCAAACAUAUUCCAACAGGCCGAGAAGUAGCAAUUAAAAUAAUCGACAAAGCUCAACUGAAUCCCACAUCUUUGCAAAAGUUAUUUCGAGAAGUCAAGAUAAUGAAAGGACUCGAUCAUCCAAAUAUUGUGAAACUUUUCGAAGUCAUCGAAACGGAGAAAACAUUGUAUCUUGUCAUGGAAUAUGCAAGUGGAGGUGAGGUGUUUGAUUAUCUUGUUGCACAUGGACGCAUGAAAGAAAAGGAAGCGCGAUCAAAAUUUCGACAGAUCGUCUCUGCUGUACAAUAUCUCCAUCAGAAGCAUAUUGUGCAUCGAGAUUUGAAAGCAGAAAAUCUUCUACUCGAUUCAGAAUUGAAUAUUAAAAUCGCAGAUUUUGGUUUCAGCAAUGAAUUUACACCUGGAAAUAAACUUGAUACAUUUUGUGGUAGUCCACCAUAUGCCGCACCGGAACUGUUUCAAGGAAAAAAAUAUGAUGGACCGGAAGUCGACGUUUGGAGUUUAGGAGUCAUUUUGUAUACACUUGUCAGCGGUUCAUUACCAUUUGAUGGACAAAAUCUUAAAGAACUACGAGAACGCGUCUUACGUGGAAAGUAUCGAAUUCCAUUCUACAUGUCAACGGAUUGUGAGACUUUAUUGAAGAAAUUUCUCGUUUUAAAUCCAGCACGACGUGCUGCACUAGAAGCAAUUAUGAAAGAUAAAUGGAUCAAUAUCAAUUAUGAGAAUGACGAAUUGAAACCAUAUGAAGAGCCAAGUCAAGAUUUUAAUGAUAGCUAUCGAAUAGAAGCUAUGAUACGUGAUAGUAAUUUUGCACGAGAACAAGUCAUUGAGUCAUUAACUUCACGUAAAUAUGAUGAUAUCAUGGCAUAUUAUCUUCUUCUUGCCGUUCGAACAAAUGAAAAUGAUAGUCCCGACGCUCAAUUAGGUACAACGACAACGAACAACAGCAGCAGCAACAACAACAAAGGUGUCAGUGAUGCAUCGAAUACAUCAUCAACUUUAGCAUCGAAGAUUGUCUCAGCCAGUACACGGCCAGCAACAGCAAACGAUAAAGAAAAUCUUCCAUCUAAUGAUAAGCAACAUCGACCAAUGACUGCAGCAGUACCACCCUCUGGCAAUGAUCAUUCGUUAAUAAAUGGGACAACAACUGGAACUAAUGGUGUCAACACAUCGUUAUUAACAUCAUCGAGCAUUGAUACAUCGACAGCUAACAAUGGUCAGCAUAUGUCGCUGAAAACAAGUGCAAGCGGUGGUCCACCGGUCUCGUCAAUGAUCGCGUCGCAUUCAGUAUCGAACCGUACAAACGCAGUUGAGAAACUUCGCUCACAAACAGUUCGUUUACCUGGUACAGGUGUUCGUCGUCGUGAAACAAUCGACCCUGUACCAGGUGGUGCAUCGAUGAGAAAAGUCGAUACCAGCGACAAGUGUAAAACGCCAACAGGAGAUGCUGCAUUUUUUGAAAGUCGUAUUCCACGUUUACCUCAAAGUUUUAAUCGUAGCGGUAUUGAACCGGCGCCAUCGUCAGCUUCAUCCACAUCUUCUCAAGCACCACAUCAUUUGAUGCGGUCGUCCGUACGUGAGAAUCCCAAGUCAGCAAGUCUAUCAGCACAACAACCGCAACACCAUUUGCAUAAUACGCCCAAAAUUCAAGAGAAACUCAAACAUAGAAAAACAUCAGCGGCUGUGCCAUCAUCGUCAAUUAUCAACACAGGGUUAGGGCGUGAGGUCUUUCGCUAG